AUGGCGGACACAAGACAACCCGAUACCAUCAAACCAGACGAGCAGGAAUAUUCCGUGGAGUGUCAAGAUCAGCCGUCUGGUGAACCUGGAGCACCGCCAGCUCACACAUCCGGCAGUUCUUCCAGCACAAGACCAGCUUCCUUUUAUACAGCGCAGGCCUUGGGAGAGCAAGAUACUGAAUUGAAUGACCGACGCUCGGAGACAGACUACAAUAAUGCGACGAAAGGAGUGACCGAAUACACUGCUGGGCAGAUUGCUUACGUACCGCCAUACAAACAAGACGCUGGAAUAACAGGUAGCGCUUCAUUUCCCCAUGCACGCGCCUUCAACACUGGUGACUCCCACGCUCCCACCUCCAACGCUCCUGUGUCUGGGGACAACCGACCUGCUGCGACGAUAUUCCAUGCUCAAACGGCCCAGAAGCCGUUGCGCGAACCCCGUGGCCCACCAGCAGGAGACCUCUCAGAAACGAAGGUGAGAUUGGGGCACAAGCGACUCGGCUUCAAGCUGCCUGAAAACCAGGCGAGACUCACAAAUUCUGCAGAAAAACUCCAACGGAGUGAUGAAUAUGUUGAAAAGGAAGAAAGUGUGUCAGAGGACCUGGCCACGCAUCGACGUAAAGACAAGGGCAAGAAGGACGACUGA